CCCUCUCCCUCUCCCUCUCUCUCUCUCUGCAGCGGCCGCUCAUCACACAGUCAGGACCACAGGACCGAGCCGAGCCGAGCCGGGACAUCUAUCGAAUCAAGGCACCAUGACAGAAACGAGCAGAACCCACGUCAUCCUGUUGUCCUGCGGCAGCUUCAACCCCAUCACCAAGGGACACAUCCAUAUGUUCGAGAAGGCCAGAGAGUAUCUCCACAAAACCGGACGCUUCAUCGUGAUCGGAGGCAUCAUCUCUCCGGUGCACGACUCCUACGGGAAGCCUGGUCUGGUGUCCAGUAAGCACCGUCUCACCAUGUGCCAGCUGGCGGUUCAGGCCUCAGACUGGAUCCGGGUGGACCCCUGGGAGUGUUACCAGGACACCUGGCAGACGACCUGCAGCGUGCUGGAGCAUCACCGGGACCUCAUGAAGAGAGUCACCGGCUGUAUUCUGUCAAACGUCAACACGCCAUCAACCACUCCUGUGAUUGGUCAGCCACAGAACCAGACUCCUCCCAUCUACCAGAACCACAACAGUAUGAAUCACAAACCCAAUGCCAUCAAACUGUGGGGGAAGGUCAGUGAGAGUUUGGGGAAGAUCUGCUGCGUCCGUCCUCACCUCGAUCGUUUCACCUUCGUCGAUGAAAACGCGAACCUGGGCACGGCCAUGAGGUACGAGGAGAUCGAGCUACGCAUCUUGCUCCUGUGUGGCAGUGACCUCCUGGAGUCCUUCUGCAUCCCUGGCCUGUGGAAGGACAGUGAUAUGGAGGUGAUCGUGGGCGACUUUGGGAUCGUGGUGGUUCCUCGUGACGGAGCCGACACAGAGAGGAUCAUGAACCACUCGUCUGUUCUCCGCAGAUACAAGGACAACAUCCUCGUGGUGAAGGACGACAUGAACCACCCGCUGUCCAUCGUCAGCUCCACCAAGAGCAGGCUGGCGCUGCAGCACGGGGACGGACACGUCGUGGACUAUCUGACUCAGCCCGUCAUCGACUACAUCCUGCAGAGUCAGCUCUACAUCACCGCCUCGGGAUAGAGGCGCCGCCCGCAACUGCAUGACAACAUGGAGAGUGUGUGUGUUGGGGGGGGGGCGGGGUGUUCAAUCAGCUCCAAACUAUAUAUAUAUAUAUAUACUGGGUGGAGGUUAUCGUGAUGUGAAGUGUAAACGGAGAAGACGACUGUAUCAAGGCCGACGAGCUUCAUGCAAGAACAACUCCAAAAUAAAAAAAGCGAAAGAGACCAAAACUUUGGUCUCUUUUCUGAACCGAUGAGUUUAAAGUCGAUCCUCUGUUCACUGAUCUGACUCAACAUCUGUAAACAUCUGUGAGAGAGCAGCUGGUGAACAUGUGGAGCCAGAUGUUUCCCUCAGGAGGCGGUGGAGACCAAACACAGAGGAGAAGGGACUCAACGUCUUGCUUCUUGCAUGAAGCCCGUGGGUUUGGUUUUUUCGGACAUCACUUUCGGACCGACGCUUCAGGCUCCACUCGCAGUCCAAAAGAACCGAACCUACGAACACUGUGUCAAAGAUCUAACAGACCUGUCCAUGAUGAAGAUGAAGAUGAAGAAGGGAACUUUUCUAAACCUAAUCCUCAGCAGCAGUGUUGUUGCUGUUGUCGUUGUUGUGAGUGUGUUCCUCAUCACUCGCUCUGUUAGCCUGCAUGCGUAGAGUCUGGUUCUAGCAUGAUGCUCCAAUCACUCUGUCGUGAUCGUGUUUAAAAUCAAAUAUCUCUAAUAAACUGUGGGAAUCAUCGGCACCCACAUUUUCUAUUCA